UUGAGGAUUGAACCCAGUGUCACACUGCUCUAGGCAAGUGCUCUACCACUGAGCCACAACCCCAGUCCUCACUGGAUGUUUUUGAAAUGUUUGAUUAUAAAGGUAAUACAUAUUUGUUCUAAAUAUUUUGCAAGUACAAUUAAGCAUAAAGAAGUAAUCAGAACUCUCAUUGUUCAUUCCAUUUAGAUGUAAUCAAUUUUAUCACAUUCUCUUCUGGUCUUUUUCACAUGAUUUUAUUAUUUUUUGUUUUUUUGCAGAACUGGGAUUAAACCCAGGCCUUGUGCAGGCUAGCUAAGCACCCUGCUACCUGGUACUACUGCCUGUCUUUUGAAAUAGUACUCCGUUCUCUUUAGGUACUUGAGCCCAGCCCCUAAUUAUUAAUCUUUGAAUAGGUACUUUAUAGGUAAUACAGUUAGCAAUUUAUUAUUCAGUAAAUUCUGGGAGGUUCAGAAGUUGUUUUCCUGAAUGUUUAAUUUGUUCUGCUCUUUCAUGUUUGCUAGUUUUUAUUUUUAUCAUUUUUCAGUCCUUGAGAUCUAACCCAGGGCCUCAUACAUGCUAGACAAGUGCUAUAUUGAAUUAUACGCCUGACUUUAAUUUAUUCUGCUUUUUAACAUGCAGGCUAACUCACUUUGAGGAGGGAAGGAAAAGUGAUAUAUGUUAUUUUGCUAUGGGAAAUACAAGGUACUAAUAUAUUUAAGGUCAUUUGGUUUAGUUGUAUAUUUCUGAAAAUAUUAAUCUGUAUCUGGAGUCCUGCUUUUUUCUGCAGAUUAUUCCCUAAGGCCGAAUUGUCAUAUUGUCCCCCUCAGUUCAUUUCCAAGGAUAUGGCUAGCCAAGGUGCUGAUUUCUCUUGGAGGUUACUAUCGAAGAGGUUUAUUUAUUUAUUAAUUUUUCCCCCUUGAAUAGUAUGGGACUCAGGAAAAGAAAAAAACUAGAUUUUAUUAAUUCUGGCAUUGGGUCUUAUAGGACAGUUUUAUUUCUUUAGGAAUGUGGCUUUGGAAAACUUUAAGGUUACUGUUAAAAUGAUGGUGCUAGGCAUGGUGCCAUGUGCCUGUAAUCCCAGCAGCUUAGGAGGCUGAAGCAGGAGGAUCCCUUCAAAGCCAGCCUCAGCAACCUGGAGAAGCUGUAAGCAAUUUAGCAAGACCCUGUCUCUGAGUAAAAUAUAAAAAAGGGCUGGGGAUAUGGCUCAGUAGUUAAGCGCCCCAGGUUCAAUCCAUGGCACCAAAAUAAUCAAACAAAAGAAAAACAGUGAUGUUUUUUUCUGACAUUAAGUUUUUCAAAUGUCCUGUGGUACUGAUGCAUUAUUUGUAUCUAACUACCCUUUUGAAAGUAAUAAUAGACUUAGAAAAGUGUUAUGUCAUAUUAUUUGGUGCUGUGGGAGAGAAAGGAUUAAUAAGUGUGUUUUUUUUUUCUUUUUCUGCACAGGUGCAUGUUUUUGCUUAGGGAUUUGUAAAUAGACUGUAUAUUAUUUUAACAAAGUAAUCAGUUCUUGUUUAACUUUAACUUCCCGAUGUUCUUGUUUAACUUUGCAGUGUUUUUGCAGGCCUCAACACAUUUGUAAAUACAGUAUGUUUAACGUUUUAUGUAACCUUACUCUUCACUCUUCAUAAGAAAAUUAACUUGAUCUAUAUUUGUGACUGGGUGUUCUUUUUGUAUAUUUGUAGGCUUGUUAGGGAGAUAAGUGUCAACAGGACUUUGAAAAGGCUUCAUUUUAGGAAAGACUUGGAGGAAACCCAAAUUACUAUUGUAUAACCCUAGUGAGAAAUUGAUAGUUUAUAAAGACUUAAUUUUUUAAAAAAUUGAGAUAUAAAUUUAUACACCAUAAGAUUCUCUCUUCAGUGGUUUUUAAUGUUUCACUAGGUUUUGCCAACAUCACCACUGUCUAAUUACAUAAAAUUUUAGUCACUCCAAAAUGGAACUCUAUAUACUACCCAUUCCCCUCUCCUUCUAGCCCAGGGCAACUACUAAUCUAUUUCCUGUCACUGUGGAUUUGCUUCUUUUAGACAUUUUGUAUCAACAGAAUUGUUCAAUAUGUGGCUUUCUGUUGCUGUGUGUGUGUGUGUGUGUGUGUGUGUGUGUGUGUGUGUGUAUGUGUGUGCACCCAUCUGUCUGAUUCCUUUUAUGCAGUGUAAUGUUUUCCAUAAUCAUCUAUCUUUUCUUUUUGGUACUGGGAAUUGAACCCAGAAGUGCUGAGCUCCAUCCACAGUCCUUUUUAAUUUUUUUUUUUUUUUUGAGACAGAGUCUUGUUAAGUUGCUGAGGGUCUCACUAAGUUGCUGAGGCUGGCCUUGAAUAUAUGAGCCUCCUGUUUCAGCCUCCCAAGUCACUGGGAUUGUAGGCAUAUGCUACCAAGCCCAACAAAUUCAUCUGUCUGGUAGCAUAUAUCAGUACUUCAUUUCUUUUUAUGGCUAAAUAAUAUCCAUUGUAUGGAUAUACUACAUUUUGCUUAUCUGUUCUUUCCGUUGGUGGACAUUUGGGUUGUUUCUCCUUUUUGGUUGUUUUGGAUAAUGGUGCUGUGAAAAUUCAUUCAUAUGUUUUCAUGUGAACACAUUUCUUCAGUUCUCUUGAGUAUAUACUUAGCAGUGGAAUUGUAUGAUAACUUUUUGAGGAACUACCAAACUUUUUCAAUUACCAACUACCAAACUUCUCCAUUACCAUUAGCAAUAUAUGGAGGUUCUAAUUUUUCCAUAUCAUCAACUAAUACUUGUUAUUGAUCUCUUUUUUAAUAUAACUAUUCUGAUGGGUGUGAAAUAGUAUUUCAUCAUGGUUUUGAUUUGCAUUUCCCUAAUGACUAAUGAUGUUGAAUCUCUUUUCAUGUGUUUAUUGGACAUUUGUGUAUUUUCUUUGGAAAAAUGUAUACACAUCCUUUGCUUAUUUAAAAAGUUAGGUUGUUGUUGAGUUGUAAUAGUUAUUUUUGUAUUCUGGAUACUAAACCAUACACGAUUGCAAAUAUUUUCUUCCAUUUUGUGGGUUAGUCUUUUUGCUUUCUUGAUAGUGUCCUUUGGAGCAAUAUUUUGUUGUUGUUGGUUUUCUUUUUUUGGUGCUGGGUGAAGUCAGUUUACCUAGUUUUUUUUUUUAGUUGCUUAUACUUUAGAGUUAUAACUAAGAAACCAUUACCUAAUCUGAGGUCAUAAAGAUGUACACCUAUGUUUUCUUCUGAGUUUUGUAGUUUUUUUUGCUAAAAGACUAAAUGUGAAAUCAAAAUUGGUCUUAGCUUCACCCCAAAACCAUUUGGACUCAGUGGUAGGCAUCAGUGCUUUUUGUGUGUGUGUAAUUUUGUCUUUCUAAGAUUUGAUCAAGAUUUUUGUAUUUUUUAUUUAUUUAUUUUCUAGCUUAUUUGAAUUUCCCCACCUUUAUACUAUAUCAAGAACUAAAGUGAUAACUAAAUUUCCAGUUGAUAGAAUUUGAUAAAUUGGUAUGCAAAACAUAGAACUUUAGAAAGAAAUUACAGGGUGGAGAUGCAGCUCAGUGGGAGAGGACUUUACUCUAGGUGUGAGGCUCUAGAUUCAAUCUCCAGCACUGGGGAAAAUAAAUAAAUAAAUAAAUGCAUGUGUUUAAAACAGGAAUGUGAACAAAAUUGGAUGGGAAAGUAUAGGAAACUGGUCACUUCCCUCUCUGACUCCUGUAGUGGGGAUUAAGCCCAGGGCCUUGCACAUGCUAGGCAAGCUCUCUACUACUGAACUACGUCCCCAACCCUUUUUUAAAAAUUCUAUUUUUGAGGCAAGGUUUCACUAAAUUGCCCAGGUUGGCCUAGAACUUGCCAUCCUCCUGCUUCAGCCUCCCAAGUAGCUGGAAUUACAGAUGUGCCACCACACCUAGCUGAAUGGUCACUCUUAAACCUUGAAUUAGCUAAGGAUGAAUACAAACUGAGGGGAGAAUCUUCCAUUUUGAUAAAUCAGACUGCAUAUUGGCUGCUCUUAAAACUUGAAACAGCUGGAAUAAACAGCAACUUUGCAAUCUUUUAGUUUCUUCUUAAAGACUUAUUAAAAACAAAACCAAACAAACAAACAAAAACUUCUGUUAGUUUGUCCUAUUCAGGGUAUCUAGAAAAAUCAAUAUAUGGGUUACUUUAGCUUACUUUAGUUAUCCCAUUACAGGAAAAGCAGGAUAACAUGGUUAAAGCUGUAGUCAGACCUGGUUGUGACUCUCACCAUUAGGCUGUUUACUAGCUGUCUAACUUUGGACAAAUUACUUAACCUUUCUUCAAUAUUAGUUUCCUCAUUUGUAAACUAGGCAUUAUGGAAAUAUCUCCCAUAGCACUGUUAAGAGGGUUAAAUGAAACAGCACUCUAUGUUAAUAAACACUUAAUAGUAGUUAAUACUUAUUCUGAGUUAAUGACUAUUUGUAAUAUUUAAAUAAUAAAAUUUUGGGGUUGAGUGGUAGAUUGUGUUCUUAGCAUGCUUGAGGCCCUGGGUUUAAUCCUGAGUGCACGCAGUCCUGCACACAAUUAAAUGGAACAGAGAUAAGAUUCUGCCUUAUUCUUUCAUUUUAGUUUUGUUUCUUGGUCUGGCUGAUAUUUCAGCUCCAAGUUUAAGAAAGUGGUUAGUUUAGUUCUUCUUAUGAAAUGAGUUACAGUUAUUAGGUUGUUCUGUUAUACUUAAUUUUUGUUUCCUUUCUUUGCAUAAAGCUGGAAUUGAUGUAAAUGUGAUCAUGCUUCAGGAAUCCCGAGUUUAUAGUAUGAGUACCAGCCAACAGUUCUGUUAUAAAAAUGUGCUUGUCCCAAAGUGGCAUGAUAUAUGGACACGGAUACAGGUAAUAAUUUGGAAGCCCCUCGAAGGGGCAUCUCAGCUCCCUUAAGAAGCUUACAGUACUAUGACUUUGAGAUCCGGGUAAAUAGUUCCACAUUGGUCCGAGUCACCCAGGUAGACAAUGAGGAGAAAUUGAAGGAGCUCGAGCAGUUCAGUAUCUGGAACUUUUUUUCCUCUUUUUUAAAAGAGAAAUUGAAUGACACCUAUAUUAACGUGGGUCUAUACAGCACAAAAACCUGCCUUAAAGUUGAAAUUAUAGAGGACGCCAAGUACAGUGUCAUUGUGACCCGGAGAUUUGACCCCAAACUCUUCCUCAUUUUCCUCCUUGGACUUAUGUUGUUUUUUUGUGGAGACUUAUUGAGCAGGAGUCAAGUUUUCUACUAUUCCACGGGGAUGAGUGUGGGAAUUGUGGCUUCUCUACUAAUUAUCAUUUUUAUACUAUCCAAAUUCAUGCCCAGGAAAAGUCCCAUUUACGUCAUCCUGGUGGGAGGCUGGUCCUUUUCUCUGUACCUCAUUCAGCUAGUUUUUAAGAAUUUACAAGAGAUCUGGAGGUGUUACUGGCAGUAUCUUUUAAGCUACAUCCUCACAGUUGGAUUCAUGAGUUUUGCAGUAUGUUACAAGUAUGGGCCCUUGGAGAAUGAACGAAGUAUCAACCUGCUGACCUGGACCUUGCAACUGAUGGGCCUGGGUUUCAUGUAUUCCGGCAUCCAGAUACCUCACAUUGCCCUUGCCAUUAUCAUCAUUGCACUGUGUACUAAGAACCUGGAGUACCCUAUUCAGUGGCUGUACAUCACCUACAGAAAGAUGUGUAAGGCAACAGAAAAGCCUGUCCCCCCUCGUCUCCUGACAGAAGAAGAAUAUCGGAUACAAGGAGAGGUAGAGACCCGAAGGGCUUUAGAGGAGCUCCGAGAAUUUUGUAACAGUCCAGACUGUUCUGCUUGGAAGACUAUUUCUCGAAUCCAGUCUCCAAAAAGAUUUGCUGACUUUGUAGAAGGUUCGUUCCACCUCACACCAAAUGAAGUUUCUGUCCAUGAACAGGAAUAUGGAUUAGGGAGCAUUAUUGCCCAGGAUGAGGAAGCAACUUCUGAGGAGGAGGAGGAGGACUCAGGUUCUCAGCACCUCAUUGCCACACAGAACAAUUUCCUGACUUAAGUGUGGUAGUUAUUUAUUUUCAUGUAGACUGAUUUGGUGCCUCAGUGGUUGUGUUGCAAGCACUGUGCAUUUCUUACAGGCCUUUAUAGCAGGUUGAAGGAUAGUGCAGAAAUUAAAUGAGAGGCCUGAGUAGAUCUCUCUGGGAAUGAUUGUGGUAGUCUCUGUGGGAUCCCUGAGGAGGGAGAGUGGACAAAGUGAAUGCUAUGGUAGUGUGCUUUCCACCUGUUAAGUUAUUAGCCCACUUUUCUGUUUCUAAAAAAACUGGAAGGUCACAGCCAGCAUGGCAUUCUAGCUCCCCUUUCUCCCCUUUGAAAGUUGAUUUGAUCAUGACAUUUCUGUCACUGGCUGGUCCUCUAAAAUGAGAAUUGUAAGUAAGGCUUUCAGACUAGAGGCUGCAUCUUCCAGAGAGAAAUCCAUAAGUCUGAACAUCCUUCGCUUUCUGCUUUUAUUACAGUGACUUUAGAAUAAUCCUUGAUUUAACUGUUUUGAGAGGAAAAUGGAUUUUUUUUUUAAAGAGAGAGUGAGGGGGGGAGAGAGAGAGAGAGAGAGAGAGAAUUUUUAAUAUUUAUUUUUUAGUUCUUGGCGGACACAACAUCUU